GGGAAGGAGGGAUUGGGGAGGGGACUGGUGGCAGCAAUAUAAAACACACACAGCUCCUUCUUAAGAACUUAUUCCACUCCAUCUUCUAUUCCUUACUGCUCAUAAAAUGGAACCCCAAAUAUGCAUGUGCGAUUGCAUUGCUGGACUCCAGUUUAUCUUCGACAAGUACGCCGGCAGAGAUGGGAACAAAGAAACCCUCACCAAGGAUGAGCUGAAGGAACUGUUCAAGGCCGAGGCCAAGGGUGGCGGCACGCAGAUGCCUGAUGAAGCAAUGGAAGGUAUGUUCCAGGCGAUGGACGAGGACAAAAACGACGAGAUUUCCUUCCAAGAGUACAUGCUAUUUGUGGCGAAACUUGCCAUACUGGCUUCAAAAAUGAAAGGGUGUAUGGGUGGACAGAAGAGGAGCUAACUUUCACCAAGUACUGCAGCUCCCCACUACACACACCAAUGUUCUUGUUCUGAAAAAAUAAACAGAUAAGAAACUA